GGCUCUACCAAUAGUAGUCAUGCUAGGAAGUAGCUCUUCAUUAAUUAAGGAGGUGGAUUCACUUCAGGUCGCUUCCACUGUUUCAUAGAAAGAACACUCGGACUUUUACAACUCAUUGAGCCGUGUUGUUUACUAACCCGGGAAGCAUGACAGGGGAGAGCACCAGAGUGGUGAAGCUUUGUCUUCGUCACAUUUCACUCCUCCGUCAACGUCCCCAUGCCGGGUCUUCACCCUACACAACCAGAUCCUUCAGUUCACUCCGAGAAGGAAAACGCAGAGGUCUGUUAUGGAAGACAGUCGUUGGUGUCUCUGUUGGUGUUCCCGUGGCGUUGGGCGUCCAGUAUGCCAUCUCAGGACCUAGGGAGAGGAGGAAGAUGAGGAUCCUGAUUGAAGGACUUGGCCGGUUCUGCAGAUCUCUUUCUGUGGGAAUCUUAAUUUCUGUGGAUUAUUGGUGGACCACCAAUGUGACUCUUCGUGGCCUGGAUGAGAGCAGCCCAUCCUACUUGGCGAAGAUGUCGGCGUGCCACCAGAGGGCAGCGGAGUGCAUGGUGGAUGGUGCCAUAAGGAACGGAGGAAUAUACAUCAAACUCGGCCAAGGUCUGUGUUCCUUCAACCACCUGCUUCCCCCCGAGUACAUCCGCACGCUGCAAAUACUGGAAGACAAGGCCUUGAACAGGAGGUACAGAGAGGUGGACGCUCUCUUCCUGGAAGACUUUAACAAAAGCCCAGAGCAGCUUUUCAAGACAUUCGACUACGAGCCCAUCGCCGCCGCCAGCCUGGCCCAAGUCCAUAAAGCAGAACUGUACGAUGGAACACAGGUCGCUGUGAAGGUUCAGUACAUUGACCUCAGGGAUCGCUUCGAUGGCGACAUCAGAACCAUAGAGAUCCUGCUGGAUAUUGUUAAGUUCAUGCACCCGACUUUUGGAUUUCGAUGGGUUCUUAAGGACUUGAAGGGAACGUUGGCUCAAGAGCUGGACUUUGAGAACGAGGCUAGAAAUUCCGAGAGGUGUGCAGAGGAGCUGAAACACUUCAAAUUUGUUGUCGUACCCAAAGUCUUCUGGGAACAAACUAGUAAGCGUGUGCUGACGGCAGAGUUCUGCAACGGAUGCAAAGUCAACAAUGUAGAAGCCAUUAAAAAACAAGGACUAAGUUUAAAAGAUACCGCGGAUAAACUGAUCCGAACAUUUGCAGAGCAGAUAUUCUAUACCGGUUUCAUCCACGCCGACCCUCACCCUGGAAAUGUUCUAGUGAGACCAGGUCCUGAUAAGAAGGCGGAGCUGGUGCUGUUGGACCACGGCUUGUACGAAUACCUCAGUCAGGGUGACAGAGUGGCCCUUUGUAAACUGUGGCGGUCCAUAGUCCUACGAGACGAGGCGGCGAUGGAGAAGUACUCCAACGCCCUCGGGGUCAAACAGUACUUCCUGUUCUGUGAGAUGCUGCUGCAGCGGCCAAUCAACAUGCAGCAGCUGGGCCUGUCCAACAUCCUGAGUCGAGAGGAGACCGCCUACAUGCGGGAGAUGGCCAUCCACCGCUUCGAGAGCAUCAUGCAGGUGCUGAAGUCGAUGCCGCGGCCCAUGCUGCUGGUCUUCAGGAACAUCAACACGGUCCGGAGCAUCAACAUCACCCUGGGAGCGCCAGUUGACCGCUACUUUGUCAUGGCCAAGAGCGCGGUGCGAGGCUGGGGGAAGAUCCAGGCAGAGAGACCAGGCCUUCUGCCCAGGUUCUGGUUCUUCAGCUGGAUGCGGACCAUGUGGGAAACCGUCAAGUUUGAGCUGGCGUUGAGGUCAGAGAUGGCCAUGAUGAGUGUGACGCGUUCGUUCCUCAGUCUGUUCUCAUAUUUGGGUUUGAUAUCUGUGGACGCCGACAUGUACGAGUACCUGAGAUAACCCACGGCUCCUCUCAGAACACACACACACCGACAGCGAUGGUGCUACAGGAUCAUGAACACACCAAAUCCUAUCGCGUACUGUCACGAACCGCAGGACUGUGAAGCAUCAAAACCACAGACCAGUGUUUUAACUGGACAUUACUGUUGUAAUGAUCCAACAACGUUAAAGAGAUGUAACUUUUUUAGCUCACGGUAUAUCAUGAACUUCAGCGUGCAAUCAUAGAACUCCACAUUUUAACCAUUUUAAGCCACAGGUAAUGUUUUAAAAAGUCUGACCUUAUGUAUAUGUAUUUAAUCUAUUUUGUUCCAGCUGUAUCAGGUUGAUUCAACCAAACCUCAUACAUUGAGCAGGACAAACAAAAACAAACCCACACUGCACUGACUGUGACAUGUUGGCAGGUUUGAGGUUGAAGAUGAGCCUGGUACAUGUUAAAGUAGAUCUUUAAAGGACUGUGGGGCCUUGGUGGAGGUACGCGCUUUAAACCAGCAGCUGAAACAGCAGCUUCACUCAACAGCCAGUGCCAUGAUAUAACUAUUUUAAAUUAUUUUAACCCUGUUAAUAAAAGUCUACCUCCU